GUCGCCGUUUCUCUGGGGAUGACUCCAUUGCUAGUAGCGCCUAAUCCUCUCGACAUACCCGAGCUCAUCGACCUCUGUCUCUCUAACCUGCACAGUCAGCCUGAUCUCUGCUCAUGCGCACUCGUCGCCCGGUCCUGGGUCCACCCAGCACAAACCCGGCUUUUCUCCACCCUCCGCUUCCAUUCGGACGAAAAAGACUGGUUUCCGCGUAUCGCGAGGCUGGUAUCUCCUCAAAACUCACGGCUCCUGCCCCACAUCCAUCACCUGAUUGUCCGCAACGGGUUCACGGGAAUCGCCGAGUUAGAGGGUAUGCUGCCGCUCCUGGGCUGGACGCUGCGGGGCCGCAUAUCGUGCCCCAAUCUCACGCGCCUGACCUUCCUCUACGACGGUCCGCCGCUCUCCCGGAUGGCUCUCGUCGGCCUGCGCGACCUGCUGUCCCUCCCCACACUGCACACGGUGACCAUCAAGUGCAGCGGCGGCUUCGCGAGUGAACGCGACUUCUGCCGCGUUUGGGCGAUAUGCUCCCCUAAUAUCAGGCAUCUGAUCUGGAUGUGCAACUGGCCGGAGGAGUCAAGCUGGCCUACUGCGCACCUGCAGACCACUAUCCAGCUGCGGUCCCUAUGUCUUCCACGCAAGGCACAUCCUCGUUUCGCGCGCAAGAUGCUUGAAUUGCUCCCCUUCACGCUGGAGAAUCUCACGACGCUCUCGGUCUCGAGCAUCAACUACUCUGCCGUCCUCUGGAAUGUAUUGCAGAACAAGAAUAUUAACAAUAAUAAUAUUCGCGAACUUCAUUUCCGCGUCGAGAUCUUUGACCCGGACGACGACAUCAUUGGCCUCGACCUCGCAAACUUCCCGCAUCUGGCAUUCCUCGACCUCGCCUUUCCGCGCUGGCAGCACUGCCUCGAUCUGCUAGCGGCCCUCGUGCGCACGAUUCCGCCCACAAAUCGGCUUCACGCGAUCCAGCUGGAGCUGUACGCCACGGCGAACGAUGCUUUUUCAGGGUCCUGUGAGCCGCAGCCCCUCUGCACGGCCAUCGCCGGUGUCGCUGGUGUCUUCGAGCUCUGGCUGAAGAUGGACCCGGCCGCUGAAUUCGGACUGUGGCGAGUGAAUGCGAAUGCAGCGAUUGUCAGCCAUUGA